AUGUCUCAGCAACCAGGUGGCAGGUGUUAUGUCAACACUCUCCCCGUGCCAUUGUACAUCGCCAUUCCGCUUCUGCUCGUUCUCAUUCCUGUGGUGCCCGUCACCUUAUUAUGGGUGGUGGGCAGCGAGAAAGUUCACGAUUGGAAGGACAAGAGGAAGAAUAAGAAAAGGCAAAAGCGAGAGGCAGCCGAGAAGGAGAUUAAGCUAUCUGCGAACGACUCCUAA